CCUCGCCGCCGCCUCGCCACAGCCAUGACCCUGAGCGCGGAGAUGUCCGAUGCCUCCGGCCUCGCGGAGGAGACAGACAUCGACGUGGUAGGGGAGGGCGAGGACGACGACGACGAGGAAGAAGACGACGACGAGGGCAGCGGCGGCGCGUCCCGCCUGGCGCUCCCCGCGCGGCGGCGGCGGCGGCGGCGGCGGCGGCGCUCCUCCGCCGGGGAGGACGAGCUCGAGGACCUGGAGGAGGAGGAGGACGACGACGAUGACAUCCUGCUGGCCCCGCGCUCAGCGGCCUCCACGGCGCCCCCGGGCCCAGCCCCAGCGGCGGGGGCCGGGGCCGGCGCGGGCGGCGGCGCGGGCGCGGGCGCGGGCGGCGGCGGGACGGCGGGCGGCGGCGCCAAGAACCCGCUGGUGAAGCCGCCCUACUCGUACAUCGCGCUCAUCACCAUGGCCAUCCUGCAGAGCCCCAAGAAGCGGCUGACGCUGAGCGAGAUCUGCGAGUUCAUCAGCGGCCGCUUCCCCUACUACCGGGAGAAGUUCCCCGCCUGGCAGAACAGCAUCCGCCACAACCUCUCGCUCAACGACUGCUUCGUCAAGAUCCCCCGCGAGCCCGGCAACCCCGGCAAAGGCAACUACUGGACGCUGGACCCCGAGUCCGCCGACAUGUUCGACAACGGCAGCUUCCUGCGCCGGAGGAAGCGCUUCAAGCGGCAGCCGCUGCUCCCGCCCAACGCCGCGGCCGCCGAGUCGCUGCUGCUGCGCGGCGCGGGGGGCGCGGCGGGCGCGGGCGACCCCGCGGCGGCCGCGGCGCUCUUCCCGCCCGCGCCGCCGCCGCCCCCGCACGCCUACGGCUACGGCCCCUACGGCUGCGGCUACGGCCUGCAGCUGCCGCCCUACGCGCCGCCCUCGGCCCUCUUCGCCGCCGCCGCGGCCGCCGCGGCCGCCGCCGCCUUCCACCCGCACUCGCCCCCGCCGCCCCCGCCGCCCCCGCCGCCGCACGGCGCGGCCGCCGAGCUGGCCCGGACCGCCUUCGGCUACCGGCCGCACCCGCUCGGCGCCGCCCUGCCCGCCCCCCUGCAGGCCUCGGCCGCCAAGGCCGGCGGCCCGGGCGCCUCGGCGCUGGCGCGCUCGCCCUUCUCCAUCGAGAGCAUCAUCGGAGGCAGCCUGGGCCCGGCCGCCGCCGCCGCCGCCGCCGCGCAAGCAGCCGUCGCCGUGCAGGCCUCGCCCUCCCCGUCUCCGGGGACGCCGUCCGCGCCCGCGCCCGCGCCGGGAUCCGGCGGCGGCGGCGGCGGCGGCUGCGCGGCGCAGGCGGCCGUGGGCCCGGCAGCCGCGCUCACUCGCUCCCUCGUGGCCGCCGCGGCCGCCGCCGCCUCCUCGGUCUCCUCGUCCGCCGCCCUGGGGACUCUGCACCAAGGGACUGCCCUGUCCAGUGUGGAGAACUUUACUGCUAGGAUUUCAAAUUGUUAAUAACGCUAUGUUAGCGCGCUUGGGAAAGAGAAGGUAGGAAUCCCGGCUGCUUCUUUUUUCUCCCCAUCUUUGCUGGUUGGGUGUUUGGUACGCUUCUCCCGGCGCGGCCCCUCCCGACCUCGCACCCCCGUUUUCGCCGCUUGGGACUCUCGACAAGACUGAGUUUGGCAGCAGCGGGGGCGCGCUUUUUGGCUCUGCAGGUCCCUCUAUUUAUGCAAAGUCGCCCUCGGUUGCAGGCCCCGACCGGGGGUGCGGAGGAAGAGGGUACUGGUGUGGGCUCUCUCUUGGCCUAGGCACAAGGGGCUUCCUUGACUUGUGGGAAAUGUGGUAGCGGUGGUGGAGUUUUAAAAUCUAAGCCUUUUUGAGGUCUAGAGAUUCUCAGGUCCAGGCGUUAAAAAUACCAGUAAUGUUCAAAAGAAUGAUACACAAAUAGUAAAGGUCCUGAAGAGUGCCAGCGAAGCAAUAGUUUUUAUUUUGAGGACACUUGUCUGGUGUACUUUUUCAUGAAAAAGGAAAAAAUGAUUAACAUGUUUACACAAGGAGAAAAAAGUCAAAAUUAUCAUUUCUUAUUUUAACCUGUGUUUUGUAUCAUAAUAGACUUGCGGAAUUUUUAUUUUGUACUUACUGCGUAUUCUUUACAAGGAGUA